ACUAUGUUCUUGGUUCUUGUUUUGACACUGAAGGUCGUUGCUCGUUGUCAUUGCAGAAAUUAAUCGCUGGUUCCUUGAGGUCGUCGUGUUUUCUUCCCCUUUCCGCUAGCUGUGUGUGUGACCAAGGUGAAAAGACUCUGUUCAAAUGUGGUUACACUAGACAGAUCGGGCUCCCCUGGAGUUCACCUCUUCCGGCUUCGAUCAGUCUCUGAUCUCGUUGCUGCUGUUUUCCAUUUUUGGAGAUUAUUCCCAGACAAGGGGCGUGGGUUGCUGAAAUAAUACAGCUUGCUUUCUUUGUGUGGAUUUUUAUAAUCAUCGUCGUGUUUUUAAUACUAUAUAACCAAAACGAAAUGGACUCUAUACUUAACUACAUUUCGGGUAAAUGAAACGUGUUUUUCUUCAAAGUUAACCGAAGUAAAAUUAAAUAUUACGCGUAAAUACGAACAUUGCGGUCGGUGCUCUACACUGACAGCGUGGAACAUACGUGGUGUCUCCCUUGAGCGUUUUCCUUAAGUAACAGCUGAUCUGAUGGCAAUUGCAAGGAGCCGCUUUGUAAAUAUUCUGUGUGUCUUUCGCGAUAUGAAAGUCGUUUUGUGAUAAGGACAGCAUACUUCGCUCUUUCUUCCUCUUUGGUUUUCUUAUACUUGGAGCUGCUAUUUUACAAAACAGAAAUGAAGAAACGUCACUCUGGUAUUAUUUUGAUAAUCUGGAUAUUUUUAGAGUGCAUCGAAGCCAAGAAGUACUGUUGGUAUUUUGAAGGAGGUUAUCCUAUAUACUUUAUAUGCCGUUCUUAUGAAGACUGCUGUGGCACACGCUGCUGUGUGAGGGCCCUGUCAUUCCAGAGACUAUGGUACUUCUGGCUUUUGUUGAUGAUGGGGGUGCUGUUUUGUUGUGGAGCAGGUUUCUUCAUUCGCAGACGAAUGUACCCCUCCCCUCUCAACGAUGAGCCUGCUUUCAAUGUGUCCUUCACAAGACAGCCUGUCAGCACAACACCAGGAUCGCAGCAGCCAGGCACGCAGCACUAUGGUGACCCUGGAGGAUUGGUGAUGAACCCCAUUGCUCCAGCUCUGCAAGUCCAGCCUAACUCUCCUCACCUUAUCCCACCCUACCCACCUCCUCCAUCCUACUGCAACCAGCCCCCACCAUCCUACGAGCAGGUACUGAAGGCCUCGGAAAAGAAGCAGAGCUCCUGAAAGGACUGCUCUAUAUGGCUUUUUUCCCUGAAGGACAAAGGUGGUUGUUUUUUUUUUUUAAAUAAUGGUGAGACCUGUUUUCAGUCAGGAGAAGGAAAAGAUGCCUUUGUCUAAAGCAUAGGUUUUGCACAAGAGUAUUACCCGAGCAGAACAGGAGCCCCUAUUUGGUAAAUCAAAUCACAUCUUGUGCAAAUUUUCUAAAUAUGAAGCUUCAUUGUGUACAGCUGAGGAAAUGUAAAGUUUUUUAUUUAUAUUAUUCUUUUACUUUUAAGUAUUUUCAGAUGUUUUCCCUUUAUUAAAAAUCUCAUUAAAAAAUUGAAAUGUUUUGAAAAAGGAAAAUGUCUUAUUGACGGGUAAGCUGCUUUUAGCUACUGAAACUGUCUUUUCCUCAUUACCCAGAUGGUAAUGCCAUACUGGCCAUAGUACAAACAUGGUGGUAUUAACCUUUGUGCCCUACUUGACCUACAGAGUUUUAUACGUUAAGAUUUUAAGAAAUGAAAAGGGACACAUUUUUGGUAACUAGGUGGCAGAUCUACUUGUAUAGUGCCUGGAAACCAUUAUUCAUGCAUGCCAGGCCACAGACUAGCAAAGAUCAUCAUAGAGUACUGUCCUCUCUUCCGAAGACCUGCUAAGUUAGUGAUGAAUGCAGAAUCCAGAAAUAGGGCACAGAAGCUGUAUAAAAUGGAACAGAAAGAGUAGAAAUUCAUUUGUGAGUGAACUUACUGUGAUUCUUCUCAUCCAGUAACAGGUACCACUGAGCUCAUGAUUUAUGUUUUUAUUUUAUUAUUGAGUUGUUUUACUUUUAAGUCAAUUACUUUAAAAAGAACUUUGCCUUACUUAAAGCCAUCUUAUUUGUUUGCAAACUAACACAGUGGUUAUGAAUUUUUACAGGCAGGGCAUAGAGAGUAGCACCUCACAGACUGUGGGGAGAAAUGAACAUGCAUCAGUGGAUGGAAAUCAAAGUAAAAGUAAAAGAAAAAGUAAACACAGAUAGGACUAAACUUUCAAAAACAUUUUUAAGGAUAUUUGUUGAAUCACUGCCUUUGUAAUCUGAUUAUAAUUUUCCAACAAUAGUUUUGAAACACUACAAGACAACAUACAGUUGUGUGAAAAAAUGUUUGCCCCCUUCCUGAUUUCUUAUUUUUUUGCAUGUUUGUCACACUGA